CGUUUGGUAGUAAACGAAGAUCAUGUUCUGUAGCUCAAUCCAAACUGGGACCAUGACCUUGCACUUUUGCCCCUUUUCUCUUCUUCGGUCUAUGCUUUCAAAGAAAUCCAUGAAUUAAGCCUUACCCUCUCUUCUUUCUCUUUCCUCCCGAUUCUGUUAUCCUGCUACCGAUUUCUCCUCUUUAAUUGUUUCUUCUUACUUUGGCCUUCUUGUUCAUCCAUUUUGGUCUGAAGUUUGAGCUCAAUUGGAUCGGAUUUGAAUUCCGGGUAAGUUGUAUUGAUAGAAGAAAGAGAUUUCAAUUUUGUGUGUUGGUUUGUUUGUAUUUUGGAGUAUGGAAGCUUGUUCUAGGAAAUCUUGUGGACUUUGAGCUGGUUCUUGGGGGUUUGCAAAUUUCCGAGCUGAUUUCAGCUGAAAUUAGACUAUUGUAUAGAUUUUAUCGACUUGCGAGGCUAGUUUGUAGCUCCUUGAAGUAGGUAUUUGGUAUCGGAAGUCCUGAUGAAGUUCGAUAUUAGUAGAAAAACAUUUGUGUGUAAGCGUACUUUGGGUUGAAUUUGGGUGAAGAAACGAUGAAGAGAGGAAAUGAUGCUGAGAAGACGGUGGAACCUAUAUUCCCUAGGCUCCAUGUUAAUGACACUGAGAAAGGUUGGCCAAGAGCGCCUCCAAGGAAUAAGAUGGCCCUUUAUGAACAGUUCACUAUACCUUCCAAACGUUCGAGUCCCGGGGCUUUGCCUCUCAAGACAAACAUCUCCAGAACACCAGUUACCACACCAUCCUCAAGCCAGGGUACAGGGACCAACAGAGAUCUGCGUCUGCCGUUAAACCUGUCUUCACCAACUUCUACUAAUGAGGUUGGAAAUUCUCAAGCUCUCCCAUCUGGUGAAGUAAAUGUGAAUCCUCCAUCGGUUCAGCCUGACCAGAGUCAGCAGACAACAGAAGUAGAAGAUGAAGACGAUUUCACGGUUCCAGUAUACGACCAAUCCAGGAUGGGCAAGAGUGGAAUUAAAAAUAACAACCACAAGGAAAAGUUGUCUUCUCCUGCAUCAAAACAUUCUGGUUCUACAGUUUUGCAAGCUGGUUAUGAAAAAGGUCAAAGUCGUCUUACAUCUUCUAAUGUAGUUGAGCCUAUAAGAAUUGGGGAGCUAGACAAUGUUCCGCGCUCAAGAGUGGACUCCCAUUCUUUGGGAAAGAAUGACAGCUUGAACAUUCCUGUUGACAAUAUUGAGAACCAUGUAGAAAGGACUUAUAAUUCCAUGCAGGUGGGGAAUGCGGACAAAAGCGACAUUGUCUCCGAGAAUUCAAUGGUUGACUCAAUUUCUGGCUCUGAUAUCUGUCCAGAUGAUGUUGUAGGAAUAAUAGGUCAAAAACAUUUCUGGAAAGCAAGAAGAGCAAUUAUUAAUCAACAGAGAGUGUUUGAGGUCCAAGUGUUCGAGUUGCAUAGACUUCUCAAGGUUCAACGGUUAAUUGCUGGAUCGCCUCGUCUGAUACUUGAAGAUGGUAUCUUUCUGGAUAAUUCUUCUCCAAGCCCUCUUCCUGCAAAGAAACUUACCUCAGAUUACACCGUCAAAUCACACGUGCCACCUAAGCUCAGUGAUGGCCACAAGAAGCCAAAAUACAAUGUUGAAUGUUCAGCAGAAAAUGCUGUUGGAAAAACAUCUCUUCCUCCUGCGCCAAUUGAUUGUCAGCCUUCAACCUGUGGGCCUUACUCAGUAAACCCGCAACCUGGACCAGGAUUUACAGGUCAUCACUGGUUGGUCCCUGUAAUGUCUCCUUCUGAAGGACUCAUAUAUAAGCCUUACCCUGGACCAGGAUUUGUUUAUGGAGGAUGUGGACCUUAUGGUCCAAUGAUGAAUCCAUCCUUUGGAUUUCCAGCUUCUGUUCAACAAGGAAUUGGAGCUCCUCCCAUGGUUGGUGGUACUUACUUCCCUCCUUUUGGCAUGCCAGUCAUGAAUCGGGGUACGUCAGGUUCGGCUGUUGAUCAAGUUAACCGGUCCACAGGAGAUCUAAAUCAAUUAUCGGGAGGCGUGGCCGCUUCCUAUAUGCAGCAUCAGACUUCAUAUGAUGUUUCAACACAGAGAGAUAGAGAUGAAAAUCAAGAAACUGUUUCAUUAACUCCAAAGUCUCAUGCACCCAAAAGGAAUGAGGUACAAGUAAGUACUGCAAGUAGUCCUGUAACUAGUCCUGCUAGCGAAGUGCAAGCCAAUCAAACCGCUGAAAGCCACGAUGUGCUUCCACUCGCCCCUGUAGUUCCGCUGCUUGUAGAAAAAGGUCCUCAACCUUCAGACUCCGAUCAAACGCGCGUGAUUCGUGUUGUGCCACACAAUCGAAGAUCUGCAAACGAAUCAGCUGCACGAAUUUUCCAAUCUAUUCAAAACGAGAGACAACAGUAUGACUCAAUUUAGCUAAGUUCAUUCUCCCCUUCUUUCUUUCUCCAUGCCUCAAUUAUCUUUGAAUUGUCCCAUUAUGUUGUUUAUUAGUUUAUUUUACACUCUGCUUUUCGGGUAUAAUGUUUUGUUUACCUCCCGUUCCCCGACCUCAGCACGGGUUAUUCAUAUGUAAAUACAUUUCUGGAGAUUUACAUGUCAAUGCAAUGGAAAUGUGAGUGAGGUACCGUGCGCUAUA